AUGCCUUCAAUGCACGAACGUAUCCGCGAGGACCUCCUCAACAAAGAACGUGCACUAUGGACAGCCCUCACAUCCGCUGAUCCAGCACCGGCCAUCUGGAAACUCAGCAACCCAGAAGCCUGUUUCCUAUUCCCUCAGAUGCGCAUCAUCACACUCGAAGACGAAGACGCUUUCAAAAAAGCCGUCCGACCACCCUUUCACCGAUUCGACGCCUACCAGUUCGAGGAAGUACGAGUCAUUAUCGUUGAUCUGAUGGCCGGCGUGGUCACAUACAAGGUCCGCGCUGUGCGUGGGAAGAAAGAAUACACUGCCUCGGGCUCGACGACUUGGAGUCAAGGGUCAGAUGGGGAGUGGACGCUGGCUUGUCAUCAAGAAACUUUGAUGUGA